AUGCUGAUAGCAGACCCAAGGAACGCCGUCUUUGUGGACAAAUUUGCUGCGAUGGGCGUCGAUUUGUGCCUUAUAUUCCUACUUCUUUUUUACAUUGUUGCAGCAAUCGUUGGAAGUGCAGUGAUCAUCAGGGUUAUUCUGCGCAUUCGUGCAAGAAGGCAUGAGUUCUCUGCCAAAACAUAUCGCCUUCACAUCAAUGUGGUCGUUUCUCUGGUCAUGUAUUGUGUCAUACUUUUCGUUCAGCUCGGCCUACCCGUUAUGCUAUUUGUCAUCACGCUGUCAUGGAUGACUGCAAUGUGA